AAAUCUUGUAGCCGGGAGCUGGGGGAUCGCCGGAGAUCCGGGGCACCCAGUCUGGAGCGGCUAGGAUCUGGACGUCCGUGCGGGUUGGAGGCCCGGAGACCUGCUGAAACCCAGCCCUGCGGGAACGAGCCUCCCUGCCCCCGUCCGCCUCUGCCAUGGGAGUGUGCGGCCAGCCCCGUUCGCGAUGAGACGUGACGCCGUUGACUUUCUCAGGCAGUCACACAUCCCCAGCCGGCGCCUGCCAGCUCGGUGCUUGCUUCUCUAGUUCGGAUGUUCUUAAUCCCCAUGGGCCCACAACCGUAGCCAUGGCGACGCGGGUUGAGGUCGGCUCCAUAGCUUCCCUGACAGGAGUGCCAGGCCUCGGCGAGAUCGCCCAGGAGGAGACCCUGAAGCGGACGUACUUCCGCCAGGCCGGUGACACCCCCGGGCCACCCUCCCCGCUGCUCUUGGAAGGAAAAAGCCCCCUCAGGAGCCCGGCCCGCUUACUCCCGCUGCCCAGACUUGCCCCCAAACCCUUCUGCAGGGAGAAGGUCCUGGACGUGAACCCCCCCGUCCCAUCCUUGGGGCCCGGCCCAACCAGCCCGUCUCCCUGUGGGCGCGCCCAGGACGUGGUGGCAAAGGACCUGGGCGAGAGGAUGCCUGGCUUGGUGGGGCAGGAGGCGGGGAACGGGGAAGGCCUGAGGAGAAGCUCGUCUUCGUUCAGCAAGGCUGCCUUCCCGCGGCCCCGACCCAGCACCAUGAUUCUCUUUGAAACCACCAAAGCCGGCCCCAUUCUGGGGAAGGGGGCCAAUGAGGGGGCUCGGGAGGCCACCACGGGCGUGUCUCGGGAGCCCGCGUUGGGCUCCCGGCCCGAGGUGGCCGCCAAGCCCGCCCUGCCCGCCCGAAAGCCUGCGACCCUUCCCCGACCGGCCUCCUUGUCGCAGGACACCAGGCCAGCUGCCCCCCAAGAAGAGAAAGGCCCAAACGAGCCUGUCUCAAAGGCCAGCGGUGUGGAGGACACGGGUGACCUCGCUCUGGAGCCCAGGCCUCUCCAGAGGAGAAGGCCUGUGUCGGCCAUUUUCAUCGAAUGCAUUCAGCCUCAGAAGCCAGGCCCAGGCGGGGCGGCCGCGGUGGGGAAAGCACCCCCCACCCCGCCUGAGAAGACAUGGGUGAGGAGGCCCAGGCCCCUGUCCGUGGACCUCACGGCCCGGUUUGAGAGCAGAGAGGCCUUGCUGAAGAAGGCGGCCGAUGAGGCCACUGCGGGUUCCACUGCCCAGUGUCGGGGGCCCGAGAGGUCCGACCCGGAGCCCAAAGUGGAUGGGGAGUGUUUGGUCAAAGCAAACCUUCGCCUUUGUGACCCAGACUCAGACUUCCCAGAGGUAGCCAAGAAGCCCCGAGAACAGAAGGAGAGGGUGCUUUUUAAGCAGGCGGAGACAGGCAGCCUCAGAAGUGCUGGGGGCUCAGCCAGGGGCACCCCCACGGUUGACCAGCACCCCGGGGAGGAGAAAGUGAAGCUGCUCAGGGAGCCGGAGAAGGUGCCCCCGCCCCUCUCGCCCAGGCCGGGAAAAGACCAAGAAUUUGCUGAGGUCAAGAGCAGAGCCGCCGACGCGGAAAGCCGGCUGGAGGGUGGAUGGACCCUCAGGGGCAGCAUCAUGGCUUUGGCCGCAGAAUCGGAACCCCCACCGGCCACCCCUGAGCCCCCGUUGGCUGCCCCAGAGCGUGGGAAAGCGGUUGUGAGCGUCCAGGAGCGGAUCAAAGGCUGGGCCGCUGAGAGCUCAGAGGCAAAGCCAGAGAUCGGGAGAAAGCCCUUCCAGGCACGGCCGUUGUCGGCGGAUCUGACCAAACCGUUUUCAAGCCCAGCUUCAAGCAACGAAGUCCGAUAUGAGAAGUGUUCUGAGCUAAGUGGCGAGCUUCCUCAGGAACCCGGAGAAAAGCAAAAGGAAGGGCAUGGUGUGGAUAGAGCAUCCGUCCUGAGAAGCUCCUGGAAGCCUGGAACGCUCCGAGAGAAGUCGAGGCAGACAGAGUGGAAGGACAGUCCUAACCAAGUCCCUGGCAACCAUCGGGGUGAGAGCUCGGUGGGGGCUCUGAGCCCUUCUGACAGCACUCCAGAAGAUGAUGGAAGCUUCCAGACCGUGUGGGCCACGGUGUUUGAGCAUCACGUGGAGAGACACACAGUGGCUGACCAGUCAGGACACCGUCCCUCAGCCACAGCCCCCAGAGAUGUGGCUGAUGCCAGUAUCUCAGGGUUCAGACCCAGUCACGAGAGAAGCUCAUGGCUGGGGAAGGACCUGCCUGAAAAGACAGCCCUCAAGAAACAGAGCUUCAGAGGGUUCGAAAAUCCUGAUGCAGAGAAAUGGGGACAGACUGCCCUUUCAAAUGGUGAACCCAGACAGUGUCACGUGCCCUUCCCGGAAGAAUACCCUUUGGACGAGAAACACAAUAAGAACCCCUUCCUCCAACGUGCUGAAAACCCUCCCUCAUCCCAGAGGGUCGAGCCCAAGUAUGACAUGAUGCACACAGUGGGCAAGUGUGCGCACAGUGAGGCCGUCUCCGUGGCGUUGGAGGAAAGAGCCAUGACCCUGCGAAGUGGCAGGUCUCGGCUCUCACCAAAGGGGAGGCAGCAGGCCCGUGAGGUCACCCCUGCAGAGCCAGAGUACAGGCUGGAAGUUCAGGCGGGGUCCGUCCACAGGGCCAGUUUGAUUUGGGAAGCUCAAGGGACUCAUGAGGUCAGUGAGCCAAGGCCUGACUUCCGGGAGCCAAAGGACACGUUUGGGGGCAAUUGCCUGUCACCCAAAUGGACAGGGGGGGCGACCUUGAACUGGCAUAAAGCCACCGUGGUGGCCAGUGAAGAGAAAGGCUCGGAACUGAGCCCCGGGGCCAACAGCGAGCGCUCAGCCAGGUCGUGCGGCUCCGAAGUCCCUUCUGGGAGGGCCAUCCAGGUGGCCGUCUGGGAGGCUCCACACGAGGGGCCCGCUGGGGCCAGAAACAAGUCAGGAGGCUGCAGCUCAGCGGGAGAAAGGGGUCCCCCCCGGGGGUGCCCUCUGGAUCCUCUCUGUCUGGCUAAGGACGAGCCCUCUGGCUUCCGAGCCCGGCCACAUCCAGAAGCGCUUGUGCAGAGAGGGCCCCUCGCUGUGGCUUCCGGUGAGGGUGAACCCAGGCCAGCCCAGGCACCAGAGCCUGAAGUCAAGAUGCGGAAGGCGGGUCCCGCGGACCAGAGAUUCGAGAGGUGGCGACGGCGGACAUUACCGCACGACGUGAAGUUUGAGGAGUUCAGCUUCCUGGCCCCAGAAAACACCUCGAAGGUGGAGCAGAGGCGAACAGACCGUUUGAGCCCCACCGUCAGUGCCUUAAGAAAACCCCAGCUCUCCCACAACAGGGUGGAGGCCCAGGAGGAGAACCCAAGUGCUUCACAGGACCAGACUCGCCCAGCGGUGAAGCAACGGUCCUCUCUGGAACCCAAGGCGACAUUUUUUGCAGUGACAUAUCAGAUUCCUGAUACUCAAAAAGCAAAAAGUACUGUUAAGUCAGGGCCCGAAAACUUGACGGAACAUUCUAGAAAACCAGCACCGCCUCCAUCUCCUCAUCCUCGAACACCUACCUUGGCUUCUCUUCACCAUGAAGGGCCACUGGAGAGCAAGGGCAGUAAAAACUGGACUAAGGGCAGAGAGCACGACCACACAAGCUUUUCAAAGCCUCUGAAGCCAACCGACCGUCUGUCACCUCUUGGAGACAGGAUUCUGGAUCCUUCUGUUGAAAGAAUCAUGGAUGCCGACGCCUCGUGGAGUCACCGGAGACCAGAAGAUGGCACCGGUUUUCAGAACAGCUGGAAGGAUUGUGGGACCAAGACGUCCCCCAGCGGCGCUCCCAAAACACCCCCGGCUUCCAAAAGUCACCCAGAAGCCAACGAUCUCCUCUCCAGAAGGGGCGCUGAGGGGGUCAGUGCAAGGGUCCCGGGUAAAAUCAGAGAUGGCUACAGAUCCAGUGUUCUUGACAUUGACGCCCUGAUGGCAGAGUACAAGAAGCAGGAGGUGGAGGAACCCCUGGAGGGGGCACCCUCGGUGCCCAGCGGCUCGACUCAGGAGAGGCCAGGCCAUUUAGGCAGGGUGGAACCAAGAAGGAGGAGCUGGAAGGAGAGGCCCGAAGCCGAGGGUCUCCAGAAACCAGCAGGUUUCACCGAAGCAAACCACAGUUCCGCUCCUGGCCCUGGCAAGCCGCGGGCAGAGACCCCGGGGGCAACCACAAACACCAAAUCCAGCUCUCCACUGUGGGCUCUGCCAGUCUCAGCUCCUUCUGAAAAAUAUCCAGGGGUUUCUUCAGGCCCCACCGGUCCCAGGAGAAAAGACUCAGGAAUCCCCGAGGAUGACAGAAGGGCCUUUGCUAGUAAACAUCAAGGUGCAAAGUAUUCAAAUUACCCAGCCGAGUCAAAGCCCCCAACCUGGGAGGAUCUGGGCAGCGGGGCCAGCGUGUUGCCCAAGUCAUCCCCCACUCACCAGAAGAAAGGGACCCCGAGGAAAUCCAUCGGGACGGAAGAGGAGGCCAGUGUGUUCCAGUGGGGUGAUCACCCUUAUGACCGUGACAGGUCACAGCUGGAUGUCAAGAGAGCCUAUUCGGAGAAGGGUCCGCCUGCCAAAAUCCGAGAGGGCCUGUCUGCCAUGCAGGAAGCCAGAGAGAGGAGACGAGAGUGGCCCCAGGGGAGGUCCAGCCUCCCCGGAGACAGUUCUGAGGUCAAGGAGACCAAAAUGGGGCUCUGUCGGCGAGAGUCGGGGACUCGAGACAGUCAGAAGGUGCUGCCACAAGACCCAGAGAGGGAGGAUGCCCCGCAGGACAGUGAGCAGCUACUCUGGCAUGUGUCCCCUGCAGCCUCGGGUCCCCGGAGAAGUCACAGUUUCCGCAAAGACAGGAGGAGCGGGCCUUUUGUGGACCAACUGAAGCAGUGUUUCUCCAGGCGGCCCCCCGAAGCCAAGGACACCGACACCCUCGUGCAGGAAGCCGACAGCCAGUAUGGGACGUGGACAGACCAGCGCCAGAGCGGGGAGAGUCUGGCUCCCGAGUCCCCGUCCCCAGACAGCAGUGCCGUGUCGGUGCGGAAACAGUUGCCCGGCAGCCGCCUGUCCUCCCUGUCCUCCCAGACGGAGGCCACCUCGGCCGGGGACCAGCACAGCGGCUCCAGGGACCAGCGGAGCACCAGCGUGGACCAAUCCAGCACUGACCUGGAAUCCACCGAUGGGACGGAGGGGCUGCCCCCGCCGGACGCUUGCCCUGCGAAGAGCGUGGACGACUUCUCCUUCAUUGAUCAAACCUCAGUCCUCGACUCAAGUGCCCUCAAGACCCGGGUGCAGCUCAGCAAGAGAAGCCGCCGCCGGGCCCCCAUCUCCCACGCCCUCCGGCGCAGCCGAGUCAGCGAGUCGGAGAGCAGGUCUCCUUUGGAGGACGAGGCUGACAAUGCGUGGAUGUUCAAGGACUCAACGGAAGAGAAAUCGCCCAGGAGGGAAGAGUCCGAUGAGGAGGAGAAGCCACACAGGGCCGAGAGGACCCCCACCGGCCAUCCCCAGAGGAUGCCCGUGUUUCCAGGCAUGGACCCGGCCGUGCUAAAGGCUCAGCUGCACAAGAGGCCAGAGGCAGACAGUCCCGGCGAGACCCCAGGCUGGACGCCCCAGCCCAAGACCCCCAAGUCCCCCUUCCAACUGGGCAGUCGUGUGUUGCCCUCCAGCAUGGAGAAGGACGACAGGUCGGAAGAGCCCUCUCCCCAGUGGUUAAAGGAGCUGAAAUCAAAGAAGAGGCAAAGCCUGUAUGAGAACCAAGCUUGAGCAGACGGGACACUGCCACGUCUAAUGAACAGAAGCCUUAACUGUCAGAACCUGAAGACGAGGCCACGCUGCUGCCAUUCGUUCCUGCACAUGGUUACCUGCCUGGGCCCUUGCAGUUGGGUGGAGAACACCGGCUGGGGCCUCCUGGCCCUCCGCAAGCUCACCCCGGAUCAGGGCGGCAAGACCCACCCUCCUCAAGCAGUUGCACGUCUCCCCAGACAGCACUUCAGGCUGAGAACGAAGCCAGGCUGCCCAGAAUUGUCCACGUUGGUGGUUUUGUGUUUUCCAUAAAAAUGUGCAUUUCUACCUACUUUUAGACACCACUCCAGGAACAUGGGUUUGAGGCUGGACCAUCUCCCUGGGUUCUGGAAAAACACCUGUAUUGUGAAAGCACUUCGUCCUCCAACCCCAGGGCAGGUCUCUUUCAAGAGCAUAUUUCCAAGGAAGAAGAAACCAUCCGUUUCCUGCUGUAACUGUCGUCCACGGCAGUGUUACAGGGUUGGGGUUUUGAUUGCUUUUUUGGCAAGUUCUGUCUCCCUCCCUCUCAAAGAAUCAGCAGUUCCAAUUUUUUAAACACACACGGCUUUGCAGUGUAUUAAUCCUUUCAGUGGGGCUGUGUGCAUAGUUGACCUGUCUCAUUAUACGUCUUUUUUGUUUGCUUUAGAAGACGUUAAAGCAAUAAUUCAGCCAAUUUUCUUUGAAAUUAGAUAUGUACAUAUGUUUUUUUAUGUUAAAGAGCAGAAGGAAAGAUAUGUGAAGAGUUUGCUUGACAUAUUGGAUCAUCUCAGGUUAUCUCAUCCCUACCCGAUGCUUUUAAAACAAAUUCUAAUUGUCACCCUUGUAUACCAAUCUUCUUGGCUCCUUUCCAUCUGAGCUCUGAUUUCUAUGGUGUGGCCUUUGUCCCUUGGCCUCAAAUGUUCAUAAAUUGCAGCCCUAAUGGCAGUGCCUUUUCACUCAAACAUCAGACCUGCCCUGAGAAUCUUUAUCUCCAGUCGUUUUUGAACAUCACCCGCACUGCCGGCAUGGAAGAACGUUUCCAAAUAGGUCUUUGAACAAAUGCAUGAAUGGGGGGUUCUUUUUUUUUCUUUUCACCUCUUCCUUCUACCACUCCUCCGUCCCCUGCCAACUCCACCUGACCAAGUGCUUAUUUUAGGUCCAAACGCAGGAAGUAAGGGUCUUGCUGAAACUCUUCUCUGGACAAAAGUGCUGGAUGCUAGGUGACAAAGUAUAAGGUUCACCUUGCCUCUUUUUUUUUUUUUUUUUUUUUUCUUGAUAGCACUAAGCUCACUCCCAGGAAUCUCCAGGACCUCUGGGGAUCAUCAUUCUUUUUGGAGAUUCUCAACACCAGCCUCCUCCACCUCUGAAACCCAAGGCUCCCGCAAACAUCCCAGAUAUGCUUGACUGGCCACCUGCCAUGCCUGCAGUCGCCAUAAACUUUGUGCCAACCUUGCCUGGGCCGUUCACAGGGCACCCUGUGACCGCUGAGGGGUGCCAGGGCUGAGUUUCCUAAGGCUACAUAUGGAAGGCUAUAUAUGGGGAUUGAGCACAUGUACGCCCACCCCCUGACUUCCCAAGAUGUGAAAAUCUUUCUUGAUAAAUCCAUUAUUUGCAAAGGGUGUCAAAACAUACCAUACCAUCCUUCCCCCUGGCCAUGUCUCCAGGGGUCUCCAUGUGUCUCCCCAUCUCUUCUUCCUCCCUCACCCUUUACCAUCUCUUCCUUCUCUUGGGGGGUGGGUGUGGGGGGUGAAGAGCAAUCCUGUUUCUUCAGGUUAAGCCAAACAUCUGGGCCCCGGAGGGCAGUUGUGGUUCAGCACCACGGACAGGGACCGAAGCCCCACCCCCCUUUCCCCUGCCAGUCCUUUUGGCUGAACUUUGGCUACUUACGGGCAGUUGUUGAACCAUGUUACCCACCCAACCUUUUGCAUCUGGAAGCCUCAUUGCAUCUGUGUCUAGAGGUUUGGCCCUGCUUGGUAAUAAUUUGAAUUCCUUUCAUUCCCCAAGUUAGUGGUCAAUCAGUUCUCUGGGGCAUUGGGUGGGAUGCAUCUAGGAACUGCUGCUUUGUGAUUUUCCUUUCCCCUUUCCCCUUUCACUUUCCCUUUCCUUUCCUUUUUUUUUUUUAAAUUUUUUUUUAGAUCCACUUAAUGUUUUAGAACAGUUUUGAUGCAAUGGCUUUCCAGGUCAAUAGAUCCCCUUUAAAGACACUCCGCAUGUUCUGACCCUGACUCUUCCUGGCUCCUGUCUGUCUUUCCUUCAGGCGGGAAGGGUCCCUUGAUGCCAUUUUGGACAGUAGGAAUUUACCUGCUCAGUUCAAUGAGAAUAUUGAUACUCACCCAUGCAGAACUUUCCAAGGUUCAGUUCUGUUGUAGCCCAGUAUAUCCAACAGGAAAGAAGAACACUUGAACGUGAGAUUAAUCUGGAGAUCUUUUGCCUAUCCUCCCACACCUUGAUUGGAAAUAAGAAUCCAUUUAAUUCCUUCGUGAUUAGGAUGUACAAAGUCCGCCCCCCCUGAAAGUGACUAGAGCAGCCUCACCUCUCCACUGUACAAACGACCAUCACAGGGGGUCAGGAGCCACCGUCUCCCUGCAGGCUCCCCAUGAGCUCUGGAUCCCACUAUGACCAGCGCAAUGAUGUUAGAAGUGACUGAUGCUUUGGAACUUUUGCGGAUAGCUGGGCACGUGUGUCAUUGGUUUUCUCCUCUUUCUAAACUGAGUGAGCUCUGGCGCUCAGUGGACAGUUGUAUGCUAGUUUCUUGAGUUUGCCUGGGCCACCUUUGGAUAUCUGUGUCUUCUAAAACUAACUUAAUAUGCCUUAACCAUUUGUAUGCAAUCAAGUCACCUGCCCUCAUCCAACCGCCUUCCUGGGGGCCUUUGGCUCUCCUUAAAUGAGAGCCUUCUACUGAACACAAAACCCUAUGUACGCACAGUCUCUCCCUCUGUCUACACACACACACACACACACACACCCCCUUUGCACGUCAGCAUUUUGAUGGCUGGUCUUUUGAUCAAGUCUGUGUGUUUUUCCCCUCCAGUGGGUCCCCUUCUUCAUGGUCUUUUGCCUAAUGAAACAGAGGCCUUUGGCUUGUGAAAUCCCAUGGUGAGACCUCAAAAAUCAGUGUUGUGGGGAAUUCCUUGGUGCCAUCAGACAAAUUCUGGUGAACUCAAAGGCUUGCGUUGUUUCGAUGUUGGGGGUUUUGAAGGACACUGACCCGACAGCCUCAGGUUGUCCAGGAUUCAGGAAAAGGACAAUGAGAUGGGGAGUUUUUCCAGGGGGACAAGCCAAGUCAUCUGUUGUGAGACAAAUGUGUUUCCCUUUGUGUGUCCUGGGAAGUGAGGCCAACUCUAGGCAUUGCUAAGGAGCCAGGAUAGAAACAGGCACAGGCCUGAGGUCCCAGAGUUUAGGGGCUGCGCAAGGGAUUGGGGGGAAGCCCUUGAUGUGCUUUCCCCACAGGAGAGCUCAGCUGCUCCCACCCGGUGCUGUGAACUGCCUCGUCCAUUUAUGCUUGUACAUGUCUUUGUCACACCCCCAGAUUGCCCCAGGAGCUAGGCAUAAUCACAAAGCUGAAAACCCACAGGGACAUGGCCAGAUCGCCUCCCAAACUAAACACUUUCUCACAGGUGACUCGGGCCUGCACAAAAGACAGUGUCCCUCCCAAGGAGAAUGCUGGCAGGCCUGUCUCUCCCUCAUCAGUUUCUGUUUCUUCCCCCUCAAUCCUUGUGUUUCUCCCUGCCCCAUAAUCCUGUCCCUUAACACAGGAAGCUAGGUUCCUGUCCCUAGAAUUUCAGGGUGAGCCUGAGGGGAGAAGUAGAGGCAGGAGAAGAUCUCUGUCCAAUGGGGGAUACCCUCCCCCCUUAAUUCACGCCGUGGCAAAGUCACCACCGUAAUGGAGAAACCUACAGCCUCAAUUGUGCCUUUCUUCCACCGCCAUGUAUUAAACAUGGAAGCAAAACUGUGUCUUCGGUGGGGUGGGAGGGACAGCACUGACCUGGAGGGAGCCACCUGGAACAGGUAGGACCCACUCCACAUGUGGAAGGCAGCCCACCUUGGGUUACACCCACCUAGAAAGCCACGGUUCCGGGCUCUGCUGUGCUAUGAGUCAACCCCGCUGGGAUUCUGGGCAAGCCGAGGUUCUGGAAAUGUAGGGCCACAUAGAAAGCCAGUCAGUAUGCGAGUGUGACAGGUGUUCGCCACCCUCUGUCCUUUGGUUCCCACCAUCCCACCCGUCUAGAAUUUGCUUUCUUUUGUUUGGGUUGAUUCCUGUGGGGAGGGGUGCAGAAAUCUGGGUUCUGCAGACUCAGCCUCAGGUUCCUGGAGCGCUAACCCUUAAAAUCAAUCGGCUUCUCCCCGAAUCUUCUUAGUCACUGUCCAACCUGGUGCCGGGACAUCUCCCUCUAUGAAUCCGACUGGCCCCUUUUUUUGACAAUCUCCAGUGGUGUCACGCCUACAAAAAAAAAAAAAAUGCUGUUGUCUAAAGAACAAUUUGAGCUUUUUACUGGUCUCAUUUCACAUAGCCUUAUAGAUUCUGUAAAUAGGGGGCUCAAAAAUAAUAUAUUGUGUUAUGGAAGGUAAUUUUGUACUGUGCUGUUUCCUAAAUCAUACUAAUAUCCUAGAAACGAUGUACUUCCCCGAUGGAUCUGAUCCUCAAAACACUUUGUAAGAUGGAGGGAGUGGAAAUAUAUAUAAAUCCGCUAUAUAUUUUCCUAGCCUUUCUUCUGGGUCCCUUCCUGAGAUAUUUGAGUCACGGUAGGAAAGAAACUCCAGUCCUGUGUAUAGGUAAGUUAAACCGGCCUGCUGGUGUUCCUGCAAUUGCCUUAUGAAUUCACAAGCUCUAGGGGUUCUGAACAGAAGGUGGACGACAGGUACUUUAUCCAAUCCCAAAAAGAGUCUCUAAUCGCGUGACUGAGAAUUCAUCUAGAAAAACUUAUAUUUUUAACGUUAAAACAAAUGGGGGCUUCCUGGACCUCACAGAGUAUUGGAUAUCUACAAGUGCUUUUAUAUUUUGUAACUGUAAAGAGGUUUCAUACGCACAGAAGAGCAGUUGGGAAUCUGGCCAGCUGCCAUUAAACACGAUGACCUUUGCAUGUACAAAGAUGUUGCAUUCAGACUAUGAAAAUAGCAAAUAAAGCUUCGAUGCAAGUUGCACUGGA